UCUAGGGUUUUAUAUCUGCACUGCCCUCUCGUUGAGCUGCUGCUUGUCUUCGCUGCCUCCGAACAAAGAAAUCGAUCUCCCGGCGAUUUAAAGGUUUGUUAAGCUCAAGAACAAUGGCGGACAAGGCAGUCACUAUCCGUACCAGGAAGUUCAUGACCAAUCGUCUACUCUCUAGGAAGCAAUUUAUAAUUGAUGUUCUUCACCCUGGAAGAGCCAAUGUUUCCAAGGCAGAGCUGAAAGAUAAGCUUGCAAACUUGUAUGAGGUGAAAGAUCCGAAUGCAAUUUUUGUAUUCAAGUUUAGGACCCACUUUGGUGGUGGGAAGUCCACUGGUUUCGGUUUGAUUUAUGAUUCAGUUGACAAUGCCAAGAAGUUCGAGCCCAAAUAUAGACUCAUCAGGAAUGGAUUGGAUACUAAGGUAGAGAAAUCCAGGAAACAAAUGAAGGAGAGGAAGAAUAGGUCCAAGAAGAUUCGCGGAGUAAAGAAGACUAAGGCUGGUGAUGCGGCCAAGGCAGGAAAGAAGAAGUGAUUAUUCAAGUAUGUUAUCUUGGUCUCAUUUUCAGCAGAUGCGGUUUUUGGUUAUAGUUGUUUAGCAUUUAGGUAAUUUUGAAUGUUAUUUUUUCUCGCCAGUGUGGAUGUUGAUGUUAUAACUUAUUUGAAUUAAUAUAAGUUUGAGCACUUUGAAGAAACAA